GGGGGAGACAAAUAAAACCACGGGAGGCAGCGGGAGGUGGCAAGACGCGAACUUGAGUCUGGAGCCACUGCGCCUCAGACCCACUGCCCAGCUCCUUCAACGCGCAGUAACCCCAGACCCCAGCCCCGGCCGGAGCACACGAGCCCGCCCGCGCACCUGUUGUCCCCGCCGGACGCGCAGCGCACGGUUUUCUCGCCCGAGUCUGCUCCGAGCAGCCGUCACCCCUCAGGCCAGCACCAGCCCCUUGCAGGCCGGUGGGAGUCAAGAUGAAGGCGGCCCGCUUCGUGCUGCGCAGCGCCGGCUCGCUCAGCGGCGCGGGCCUGGUGCCCCGGGAGGUGGAGCACUUCUCGCGCUACAGCCCGUCCCCGCUGUCCAUGAAGCAGCUGCUGGACUUCGGUUCAGAAAAUGCAUGUGAAAGAACUUCUUUUGCAUUUUUACGACAAGAAUUGCCUGUAAGGCUGGCCAAUAUCCUGAAGGAAAUUGAUAUUCUCCCUGAUGGAUUAGUAAAUACCUCUUCUGUGCAGUUGGUUAAAAGCUGGUAUAUCCAGAGCCUGAUGGAUCUGGUGGAAUUUCAUGAGAAAAGCCCAGAAGACCAGAAAGCUUUAUCAGACUUUGUAGAUACACUCAUCAAAGUUCGAAAUAGACACCAUAAUGUUGUCCCAACAAUGGCACAAGGAAUCAUAGAGUAUAAGGAUGGCUAUACAGUUGACCCAGUUACCAAUCAAAAUCUUCAGUAUUUUUUGGAUCGAUUUUACAUGAACCGUAUUUCCACUCGGAUGCUGAUGAACCAGCACAUUCUUAUAUUUAGUGACUCACAGACAGGAAAUCCAAGCCACAUUGGAAGCAUUGAUCCAAAUUGUGAUGUGGCAGCGGUGGUCCAAGAUGCCUUUGAGUGUUCAAAGAUGCUCUGUGAUCAGUAUUAUUUAACAUCUCCAGAACUAAAGCUCACACAAGUGAAUGGAAAAUUCCCGGGCCAACCAAUUCACAUCGUAUAUGUCCCUUCUCACCUUCAUCAUAUGCUCUUUGAACUAUUCAAGAACGCAAUGAGGGCAACAGUGGAACACCAGGAAAAUUGGCCUUCCCUUACACCUAUUGAGGUGAUUGUUGUCUUGGGAAAAGAAGACCUUACAAUUAAGAUUUCAGACAGAGGAGGUGGUGUUCCCCUGAGAAUUAUUGACCGCCUCUUCAGUUACACAUACUCCACCGCCCCAACACCUGUCAUGGACAAUUCCCGGAAUGCUCCUUUGGCUGGUUUUGGUUACGGCUUGCCAAUUUCUCGUCUCUAUGCCAAGUACUUUCAAGGAGAUCUGAAUCUCUACUCUUUAUCAGGAUAUGGAACAGAUGCUAUCAUCUACUUAAAGGCCUUAUCUUCUGAGUCUAUAGAAAAACUUCCAGUUUUUAACAAGUCAGCCUUCAAACAUUAUCAGAUGAGCUCUGAGGCUGAUGACUGGUGUAUUCCAAGCAAGGAACCAAAGAACCUGGCAAAGGAAAAAAUGGCCAUGUGAAGAGGAACGCUCAGGACACUUUAAGGGAUCAAAGUGGGUCUGCACGAAUGCUACUUCCUGAAUGUUUGUGUGUGAACCCUUAUUUCCUCAAAAACAAAUGACAGCGCCAAAAACUCCUUGGUCAGAACACUGAAACAAUGAGGAAUGGAGCUCCUUUCUGUGGCCCAAGAGAACGUAGCACAGGACUACAGGCAUGAAGAGAUGACCAGCGCCUUAUUUUUUUUAAUGUAGAGUAGCUCAUCAGUGCCUAUCAAAUCCUGAAGAAAUAAGUUUCAGUUUUCCAUCUUUUUUAACAACAAGAAUGGGAAAAGGAGUAAGUGUGAAGACAUAGGUUAGCAAUUUCAACAGACUGAUGACAUCAAAAGAUAUUGAUCUUUAUUGAUUAUCAAAGUGUCAAUACACCAGCAUUUUCCUGCCAUGCAAAGAACUGGUACUUAAUUUACACUAUGUGAUGAGACAUAUAGGUAAAUGUAUAUUUCACAUGUAUUUAUGUGCUCUAGGAAGGAAAGGCUGAUGACUAAAAUAAUGUUCACUUGAAAUGAAAAGCAAUGGGUCAAAACGUCUUAUUCAAAGUUGCAGCCAAGGCAUUGGGCCUAUGGAAAAACUCGGAAGAAAGCCUCUUCUGAUAAAUACAGUUCCUUCCUUGUGCUGCUUUUAUUGUUCACACUUUUAGGCAAUAAGUGAACACGAUUGCCAGGUGCCUAAUGCGGGUAAUUGUUAAAUGUGCACUGAAGUUGGGAUGUUGGGGGUUGGAGAGAGAGAAGAAUUGUCAAAGUGACAGCAAAAAUAUCUCUUACCUUGAUUUCUUUAUAAAUGAAACAGUAGAUUGGAAAAACCAAUAUUAGGGAAAGAAAUCAUGUGUUCAGAACCUAACUCAGUAGGAAAGGCUAGUCUCUAAAGUGGUGGUAAUCCAAAAGCAUCCAUUUUCUAGGCUUAAAGAAGAUGUGUUUUUGAUAUAUUUAAUUAUAUUCUUUACACUCCGGGAUUAACAUGCCUGUAAAAAAUUUUCUAAUGAUCAAAUGGCUCAAGAAUGUUAGACUUGAUAUACUUCUUUCAGCAUUGUUUACAUUGCCUGGAAGUAAGAGGCUUUCGUGCCAGCAUGCUCUCGUUUGUGAGUCUCUGGGGCUGAGAGCAGUGUGUGUGGCACUUUGGGAAAGUUAAGGUAUAAUGUGCAGGUCGACGGGCCAGUCAUGCAGAUUACCCUUAGAGAAGGAAUGAAAGAAUGAAGGAAAGAAA